AGACACUUUGUCCUUGCACCUUUACGUGUGCGCUUAAGAAAUCGCCUACGUGUACAGCUAUCAAUCAUGCACGUGUACUUGUACAAAUCCGUCACCUACAAAUCCGAAACAUAAAUUGAAGCCCGUUCUCUGCUUUGUGUCUCAAUGCUCUGUUCCUCUACUCGCUUUCUCUUACGAAGAAAUCUCAGUGUAACAGCUUUAUCUGCUUCACUGCUUUCGCCAAAGCAAUUCUCGGCCAAUUCCAAGCAGACCCUUUUGCGUUUUUCACAAGUUUCGUUGUCUUCUCCGUCAAUCAAAGUAGCGUUUUCGAGCCCGGUUUGGUGUACUUUGCGAUCGAACAGUACAAUGGCUAGCCAGUCUGGGUCUGGAAGUAAAUCUAUCCAUGAUUUCACUGUCAAGGAUGCCAAGGGUAAAGAUGUUGAUCUUAGCAUCUACAAAGGGAAGGUUCUGUUGAUUGUCAACGUUGCAUCACAAUGUGGCUUGACUAAUUCAAACUACACAGAGCUGAGUCAGUUGUAUGAGAAAUACAAAAAUCAAGGUUUGGAAAUCUUGGCAUUCCCAUGCAAUCAGUUUGGAGCUCAGGAGCCAGGAUCAAAUGAUGAGAUUGUAGAGUUUGCUUGCACUCGCUUUAAGGCUGAGUAUCCCAUCUUUGAUAAGGUGGAUGUGAAUGGUGACAAUGCUGCUCCCAUUUACAAGUUCUUGAAGUCGAGCAAGGGUGGGCUCUUUGGUGACGGCAUUAAGUGGAACUUCUCCAAAUUCCUUGUUGACAAAGAAGGGAAUGUUGUUGACCGUUAUGCCCCUACAACUACUCCUCUUAGCAUUGAGAAGGAUGUAAAGAAACUGUUGGGGGUUGCAUGAGCAGCCAGCUCUUUAUGAAUAAAUGAGAAGCUGUAAUAAGAAUAAAGCUGUCUGUAAUAAAAAUAUGUAUCUCUUUGUAUUGUUGGACUUGUUUUAAGGUACUUUACUGAUGUUUCAGUCAAGCAGUAAUUUCAAAUACAGACAGUACCUGUAUGCAAAUUUGUGUUCUGAAUAUAAUGGUGUAUUUUGGAAGAGAGAAGAAAGCAUUUACAUUUCAAAUGAUUUAUUGGA